UAUAAAGUGACGGAGCACGACCUGGGGACGAGCGUGGUCGUAUCAAACGCUCCAAAAUCCUACCACGUCGCACCACAACAUGACGGCGUCCAAGCGCCCAAACUUCCUGGUCAUUGUCGCUGAUGACCUUGGCUUCAGUGACACUUCUCCUUUUGGGGGAGAAAUUGAUACGCCAAACCUCCAUCGUCUGGCAAUGGAGGGUCUUCGAAUGACAGACUUCCAUACAGCGGCAUCCUGCUCACCAACCCGGGCCAUGCUCCUCUCCGGGACAGAUGCCCAUAUCGCAGGUCUAGGUGUCAUGGCUGAGAGAAGGAGUCGAUUUCCACACGUUUUCGAUGGCAAAUCCGGAUACGAAGGUUAUCUGAACUAUAAGGUCGCCGCAUUGCCCGAAUUAUUGCAGGACAACGGAUACUUUACCUGCAUGUCCGGCAAGUGGCAUCUAGGUCUAACAAAAGACGUCGCGCCCUGCUCACGAGGCUUCACCAAGGUCUUCACUACCUUGCCCGGUGCCGGAAACCACUUCAACCACGAACCCCAGCUAUACGACAUCACAGAAAAGCCACGAGUAAUUAUCAAAGGAAACGAAGGACUGUGGAUGCGCGACGAUCAAUUCAUUAACGGCGCCACUGAUCUUCCCAAAGACUUCUACUCCUCCAAAUCCUUCACCGAUAACCUCCUAUCGAUCCUCCAGAACCGCACCCACGAACAAAAAGAACAACCCUUCUUCUCCUACCUCCCCUUCACAGCCCCUCACUGGCCCCUCCAAGCCCCAUCCGCAACAAUUCAAAAAUAUCGCGGCCUCUACGACGACGGCCCCCUCGCCCUCCGCGCCCGCCGUCUCGAAAGCCUUAUCAAAAACGGCCUCGUCCCCGCAGACGUCGACCCCGCCCCCAUCAUCACUCUCGGCACCACCCCGUGGGCUUCUCUCUCCCCCGAAAAGCAACAAAAAUCCUCCCGCGCAAUGGAAAUUUAUGCCGCCAUGGUCGAUCUCCUCGACGUCAACAUCGGCCGCGUCCGCUCCUAUCUCGAAUCAACAGGCGAAUGGGACAACACCUUCGUGGUCUUCAUGUCCGACAACGGCGCAGAAGGCCAACUCCUAGAAGCCAUCCCCGUCCUAGCAGGGGCAACACUCGGCGACGUCAUUGAGAAGUACUAUGACAAUUCGCUCGAAAACCUCGGAAACCACAACUCGUUCAUCUGGUACGGUCCCCAAUGGGCAUCAGCGGCAACGGCCCCCUGUCGAGCUACAAAGUCCUUCACCACUGAAGGUGGUAUCCGAUGUCCAUGUAUCGUUCGGUACCCACCCCUCAUGAACAUGAAACCGGGUAGUAUUACGAAUACGUUCACCACGGUCAUGGAUAUACUCCCCACGAUGCUCGACUUGGCUGGGAUUGAGCAUCCAGGGACAAUAUUCAGAGGAAGAGAAGUAGCUCCUGUACGGGGCCAUUCGUGGCGGCCAUUACUAGAGUCACAAGAUGGGGACGUCGAUAUCUAUCACGAGGAUGUUGUGGGAUGGGAGCAGCUGGGGAUUGCGGCCGUGAGGGUUGGGAAUUGGAAGGCGGUGUUUUUGCCUCCGCCUAGAGGGGAGGGAAAGUGGGAGUUAUACAAUCUCGAGAAUGAUUUAGGGGAGGUAAAUGAUCUUGCUGAAAAGAUUCCGGAGAAGUUGGCAGAGAUGAUAGCGCAUUACGAGACGUAUUUCCAGGAGUCUGGGAUGUUUGAUUCUUAUUCUGUUUUUCAAGAGGAGUUGAAGAAGAGUGGUGUGAAGAGGGCUUGGUAGAGGUGUUGGAUAAGAAUCUACAUCAAAUUCG